AUGUUCAGGUCAGGAGAAGUCAGAAGAUUUGAGAAUAAAGAAUUGAGAUAGUGGCAGCUCAGCUCUAAAAUAUUAGUCUAAAUUGCUCAUAGUGAGACUUAUUUCUUGUAAAAAAUCUUAGGAAUUCAGUGUGGAGAUACUUGUUAAUAAAUACGUACAUUCUUGCAUGUGUUUGUUGUAUAUUUCAUAGGUAUUUUUGUUUUAUGAUUAUGAAAAGGAUGGAUGGGUGGUCGGUAGGAUAAUGUCAUGAAUGGUGUUGGUUAUGAACUGUACGUCAUGUUACCUCGCGUAAUGUCACGCGUAAUCUUGCGCUCCGUGUUAGUUGGACACGGACUGCACACACCGGUGAGGAAUAAAUGUCCAAGCAACCCACCUUGCCUUUUAACACCACACAACUUUUCUAGUAAUAACACCUUGCAUGUCAUCUUAUUUUGUCGGCAUCUUGCAUGGACAAUCAACAUCACUUAUUCCAGCUGUUGGCAGCGCGUGAGAUUUAUUCCAUGAGCUCCUGGAACACAAGUUAGGAAUCUGAUCGCGUCUCAUAGACAAAUGGUAUGCUUUUCAGCGUAGUUUUUGGCUUGUCCUGAAUCGGAAUCGCAUAUAUUCUGACCGACAUGAAAAUUACAUACGGUUUCGUGGUCGUCGGUGGGGGUUUAACGGGUGUUCUCAGUUUCAGCUCUUUAGCGCUCGCCAUUGGAACGGAAUACUGGUACAUCAUCGAGGACAAGCGCGCGAACCACACUGACCCCGCGCGCAUUAACUCUGGACUGUGGGGAGUGACAGAUGAUGUCCAAAGUCAUAUGGAGGACACUGGAUAUUCAGAAUCAGAAAGGCAGAUGGAAAUCAUGCAUAGUGUGAUUGCCAUCUUACUGCCCUUGAGUCUGGUGAUGCUGGUGUUUGGAGGUAUCUGUGGCCUCGUCAGUUCCCUAGCAAGAAGCCGGGCACUCCUGAUCGGAUCUGCUUCAUAUUUCCUCCUGUGCAGUCUUCUCACUCUCUCUGGGGUGAGUCUGUACAUCAGGUACUCUCAGAAGGCUCUGGAAGAAACUGAAAGGCGGAUGGGCAGUGAGCAAAUGGCUCAAGUGCACACAUCAUUCGGCUGGUCUAUGGGCAUGGCCUGGAUCUCCUUUAUUCUGGAGGUGAUCACUGGUCUUCUCCUACUGCUGGCUGUCAGGCUGGUGCCCUUAACCCAGUAUGAAGAGUCUGUUGCUCCCAUAUAGAGACUCGCCACCUGCUUGAACCAUACAUUUCCAUUUCAGGCAAGGUAGUCAGUAUUUGUCAAGGUAAGGUCUCCUCUUUGCUUACAUUGUUAGCAAAAAUUCAGAUGAACAUUAUUGGUCCAAAGUUUUGACACAUCUAUUCAUUUCCAUUAUGAUUGUUUUCCACAUUUUAGAA